CCAGGUGAGGUCUCACCAGCACAGAGCAAAGAGGCAGGAUCACCUCCCUCACCCUGCUGGCCACGCGGCUUUGGGUACAGCCACAGGAGUUUGCCGAGGCCAGCUGCGAAGGGGCUACGUGUAGGAAAUGCCCUCCGACCAUUCCCUGCUGUGCUGAGACGUGAGCACAGCACAGCACCGCACAGCACAGCACCGCACCGCACCGCACCGCAGCGCACCGCACCGCAGCGCACCGCACCGCAGCGCACACGCGCCACGCGCCACCCCCCACCCCUCUCGCGCUCUGAGCCCGCCGAGCUCCCGUCGCUACUUCCGGCGCAGGACCGGAAGCGGAAGGAGGAGCAGUGGCAGCGUGAGGAGAUGGCGGCCCGCGGCUCCGCGAAGCGUGGGGCAAGUGCUGGUGCGGCCCGCGGCUCCGAGCCGCAGGAGGAGCCCCCGCCGCCGCUUCAGGCCGUGCUGGUCGCCGACAGCUUCAACCGCCGUUUCUUCCCCAUCUCCAAAGACCGUCCGCGGGCUCUUUUACCUAUGGCAAAUGUGGCCAUGAUUGAUUAUACCUUGGAGUUCCUAACAGCAACCGGAGUAGAAGAAACCUUUGUUUUCUGCUGUUGGAAGUCAGCUGAGAUAAAAGAGCAUCUACAAAAAUCCAAGUGGUGCCGCCACACCUCUCCCAACACGGUGCGCUUUGUGACUUCGGACCUGUACCGCUCCCUCGGUGAUGUGCUGCGGGAUGUCGAUGCCAAGUCCCUCGUCCGUUCUGACUUCAUUCUUGUCACUGGGGAUGUGGUAUCCAACCUCAAUAUAUCCAGAGCCUUGGAAGAGCACAAGUUACGUCGUAAGAUGGAAAAGAAUGUUUCUGUGAUGACGAUGAUUUUCAAGGAGUCCUCACCUGGUCACCAUGCGAGGUGCAAAGAGGAUGACAUUGUUAUUGCUAUGGACAGUGCCACAAACCGUGUCCUUCACUAUCAGAGAACCCAGGGGCUGAAACGCUUCCGCUUUCCUAUGAGCCUGUUUCAGAACUCUAUUGAGAAUGUUGAGGUGCGCCAUGACUUGCUGGAUUGUCACAUCAGCAUCUGUUCUCCACAGGUGGCUGAGCUUUUCACAGACAAUUUUGACUACCAGACACGGGAUGACUUUGUGCGUGGUCUGUUAGUGAAUGAGGAGAUCCUGGGGAACCAAAUCCAUAUGCAUGUAACGACAGAAGAAUAUGGUGCUCACAUAUGCAACCUACUAAUGUAUGAAGCUGUGUGCUCUGACAUCAUCAGGCGCUGGGUUUAUCCUUUGACUCCAGAGAUGAACUUCACUGAUGACAAGAAUCAGAGUUAUACCCAUUCUAAGCACAACAUUUACCGAGGAGUGGAUGUUAGCCUUGGCCAUGGCAGCAUGCUGAAAGAGAACGUGCUCAUUGGGCAGGGAACAGUCAUCGGCAGCAACUGCUCAAUAAUGAACAGUGUUAUUGGGCAGAACUGUAGGAUAGGUGAUGAAGUCACUUUGGAUGGAGCUUUUCUUUGGGAUGGAGUACACAUAGCAGAUAAAGUGGAUAUCCGCCAUUCUGUUAUCUGUGAUGAAGCUGAAGUGAAGGAGAAAGUAAAGCUAAAACCCCACUGUGUCCUCUCCUCUCAGGUAGUUGUUGGUCCUGACAUCACUCUUUCAGAGGGCACAGUGAUCUCCCUGCACCCACCAGAUGAGGAGGAGGAGGAUGACGACCAGUUCAGUGAUGAUUCUGGUGUGAACAAGGAGGAGAGUAAAGUGAAGCUGAAAGGUUACAACAAAAAGGAUGUAGGCUCAGAAGGCAGAGGCUAUCUCUGGAAAGCAGAUGACAAAAAUGAAGAUGAUGAAGAGCAGAGACAGAGUCUAUGGGGCCCAGCUAUGCUUUCAGAAGAAGAGAGUGAGUCAGACAGUGACCUGAGCAUGGGCUCUGAGGAGCUGGACAGCCGGGCAGCAUCCCCUCAGCUAGACGACAUCAAAGUUUUCCAGAAUGAGGUUCUGGGUACAUUACAGAGGGGUGAAGAAGAAAACAUUUCCUGUGACAACCUGGUCCUGGAAAUCAACUCUCUCAAGUACGCAUAUAACAUCAGUCUGAAUGAGAUGAUGCAGGUGCUCAGUAAAGUGAUUCUGGAGUUCCCACUACAGCAGCUGGAUGCAAACCUGGACUCCCAGAACUAUUUCUCAGCAUUACUUCCUCUGUUGAAGAACUGGACCCCGUUGUUUAAGAACUACAUAAAACGUUCCUCAGAUCACUUGAAUGCCUUAUUUGCCAUCGAGGAAUUCUUCCUGGAACACGACAGUCUUUGCACAUCAAUAGCUAAAGUGUUGAUGACGUUUUACCAGCUGGAAAUUCUGGAAGAAGAUGUAAUUCUCAACUGGUUUUCUCUGCGGGACACAUCUGACAAGGGAAAGCAGCUUCGUAAAAACCAGAGGCUUCAGAAGUUCAUCCAGUGGCUGGAGGAGGCAGAAGAAGAGUCGUCUGAUGGCGACCAAGACUGACAUGGUGACUAGGCAUGAGAAGAGGCACUCUCACUGCCUUUCUGGGCUGAGUGGGCAGGGCAAGAUCAGUGCCAGUGCAUGGUGUGUAGAUGUGGGGCCUGACAUCAAAGUGACUGACAAUCCCAUCACUAAUUGUGUUGUGCAUUCCCAACUUUGCCACUUCCCUCCCUCCGUGCUUCCCUCGCUUGCCUAGUGGCACAUUACGUUGGAUGGUUGCAGCACGGUGUAAAAAUGAUAUGGGAAAAGCAGGAGGUGAUAAUACCUAGAAUCCUUGUGGAGCCUGGGUAUGGUAUGCUGUAAGCUGUCUUUUGGGAACUCCUUGUUACUAAUACAAAGGGAGCAAAUAGAUGCAAAUGCAUACAACACUCUUGUAAAUCAAAUUGUUGGGGUUGUGGAAGAGUGGUCAUACAGCUAAGUUAUUGGGAGUCAUUAUUGCUUCUGGAGCUAAGAGAGCUCCUGCUGAAGGGACACUGGCAAGGUUGGUAAGUAGAAGCACGUGAAUUAGGAUCUGGAGUGCAGGACUGGGAUUCAAGAGUUCCUGUGCCUUGAGAAGAUACAGUUAGUUGUCCUAGGAUGCCCGAGGCACUUUGCAGUCCAGAAGGUGUUUCUGUGAUCUUUACGAAAGGGAGAACCUCUUGCCAUCUGCUGUGCUAUGAUCUAAAGAAAGCUUGCACAGCAGAGCUGGUAAUAGCAUGUGUUUUCCCCCUUCUUUACAACAGGGGAUCAUAUAAACUCAGCUCCCCCAGCAGGGUUGGCUAACAGCAGAUGCACACUGCUCAGUGAAAUGCUGUAUGGUUUACUGCAUCCUAGGUGCGAUCUCCAGCUUAGCAGACACAUUGUUUUAGAAGUGUCUCUUUGUUUUGUUUUUUUUUUUUUAUAAAAGGGGAGCAGAGAUGCCUAGCUCCUCCUGCUGCACAGCUACACUUGUGUUUUGCUCUGGGGGCACUGUCCGAACCAGCUGCUUUCAGGCGAAUGCAAGUUGUGAAGUUCUGCUCCAGUGUGAAAAGGAGCGAAUGAUAUUUCUUUCAACAGCAUGUGCUUUGGGUUUCCAAGUGAUUUCAGUUACACAAGCUCGCCUACUCAAACUUCACAUCUUUUUAUUUAUUUAAGAACUUCCCUCAGACAGCAGGAAAAGUGCUGCGAACCCAUUGCAAGGGUCAGCAGCCGCAGAGCUGCUGUGUGUGUGCAGCAGGGAAUGAGCGUGCCCCCAGCACAAUGUGCAGCAGCGAGAAGGCCUUUAAGAACAGCUUGCUUAGAAGUGUCGCUGCACUGUGUUCUUCUCAGCUCUUACAAACAAGAGCAAAAAAGGCCCAGUGAGAAUCAGCUUCAGUUCAUAGAUGGGUUAUAAGUUGGAUGUUCUGACCUUGCCUCUGCCCCUUCAGGAGGAGCAUGGAAUAAACCCCAUGAGAGGGAGGGGAAUAUGCACUGGAGCUGCCCACUCAGGAUCUUUACUUGGCCGUUCCACGGUGCCACAAAUGUCAGUGGGGGGACAGCGUUGGAUGCUGGAGGCCGGGGGUACUGCCUCUUCCAAACUGAUGUUGCAGGGCCAUCUUGUGCACUCACACUACCAGUUGCCAGGAUUGUGCAUAAACUGCUUGUUUUCUGACACUGCAAACUCAGUCUUGUAAAUGUUGGGGAAAUGGCAUCUGCGUUUUCUGUAUCUGCCAAUAUUUAAUUCAGGGAGCAAAUAAAAACUAUCCUGGUGAUACUGGC